UUUAAUUCAAAAUACUUUUUUGUAACCUCCCAAUUAAUUUAAUUUUCUCGAGAGACUAGAUGCUACUCUAAAUCAGACCUUACCCUCAACACCAAACAUCCAGAUCAAGUUAGCUCCUCGAUCCAAAAAACUCCGCUAGCCUCCUCCACUCCGCCAUGAACCCCGCCGCUUCACCUGACCCAAAUCCACCACCCUCCUCCGCCACCAACACUACCACCAUUUCCGAUCCCUUAAAAAACCCCUACACCUCCCUAAACACCCUCUGCCACGACCUUUCCUCCCUCCAAGACCUCGCCACCCGAGGCGCGUGGAAAUCAAUCCUCGACAAAAUCAACCACGCGCGUUCCCUUAACCUCCUCAACAAACCCCAUGAACAUCUCACUUACCUCACGUUCAACGUCUUAGCACUCACCAAACUCCGUCGCCCCGUCGACGCUAAUCAAGAGCUCGAAGCGCUCCUUGUUGUCGACUCCGAUAAUGAUUUCAACGACCCGCAAUUUUAUUACCAGACUUACCCUCAACAUUACCCUAAUAUGAAGGGCAAUUUCAUCCCUUUCGCUCUCCGUUGGCUCCACGCUUAUCUCCCUUAUGCACUUAAUCAGCCUAUGAAAUCGUUCGAUAGGUUUUAUACACUUCUCAAUUUUAUUAGAUCGAAAAAAGAUGGGAACGAUUUGUGGAAAAGGCGGGAGAUCAUGGUGCUAAAUUCGAUAAUUAGUCAGCAUUUGAGUAGGAAGGAUUUUAAAUUGUGUUUGGUUUUGUUGAAUCAGCUGGUUGGGUUGUGUGGGGAGGGUGAUCCAAACGUGUUAUCGAAAUUAGGAUAUGUGAAAAUGCAGUAUGGUGAUGUGGAGGGAGCGAAAAAGGCGUUUAAAUUGGUGGAGGGGAUGGUAAAUAGUGGCACUGAAGUGUGCUUGAGGAAUUUAGUGAGUAGGAAUAAGGCAUUGUUGUUUAUAGUGGAAAAGGAUUAUGUGUCUGCAGUGAGGGAAUACGAAGAGUGCAUCGAGAGGGAUGGGAUGGAUAUGGUGGCGAUGAAUAAUAAGGCGUUGUGUUUGAUGUAUUCGAGGGAUUUAUCAGAUGCUAUUAAGGUGUUGGAGAAUGCUCUGGAGAGGGUUCCUACUGUCGCGUUGAAUGAGACUCUUGUGGUGAAUUUGUGUAGUAUGUAUGAAUUGGCUUAUGUCAAUCAUGCUGAUAUUAAGAGGACGCUUAAUAGUUGGAUUGCUAGAGUUGCUCCGGAUGAUUUUGAUGCGUCUUGUACUCGAACAUGAGAAUGGCCGGGGGGAUGACCAUGGACGCAUUGGAGUGAAGUGGUUAAACUUAAACCUUAGACCUCCGAUUGGGUUCCAGGCAACACUGAUUCCACAGCUUAACUUGGGGAAGACGACUCCAAAUAGGAGUGGUGUAACACCUAUCGCGACGCAUGUUGGAGCUGGAAAGAGAAUGAUGAUGCUAUAUCGAGGGCAAAUCCAUUACCAUCAAACCCCCACUAUUGUGAGACAGAUGUAUGAAGCAUGAUCUAGCAAACCCUGUAGGUGAAGCAUAGAAUACGAUACGAGAAUGAAUCCCAUUCCGAGGAACCUAAAAAAUGGGCAAACCUCUUUGCUGAGACGAACCCUGCAGCCAAAGCGUGGUGCUGAAUUAGUAGUGCAACUGCAACAGGAGGACAUUGAGGUGGGGACUGAAUUGGAAACAUGCUCUAAUCUUUUAUGUUGUGGGUAAUUUCUUUACUCUAGUGUCUGUUGAAAUAUACCUGACUGGGACUUGGGAACUACAUAGCAGCCCUAAAAGUUUAUUAUUAUAAUGAUUGUUAUUUCA